CUACCAUCGCCAUGGGGGGGAAAAGGGGAGAGACAAUACCAAAACCGCGUUUUCACUGGGACUGACGAGUCACCGGCAAAGUCGCGUACAUUCCCAUUUAUUACUCCACCAUCAAACAACUACCUUUCUACAACCAAGUCAUCAGACACUGGUUGGUGUCAUGACGUUCAGCGACGCUGACUCCCAACAUCUCCCAUUAGUUGAAAUAAAAAAUUCCAGCGUAAUAGAGUGAGUGAAACGGAUACCGUUUGAGUGGAACUGUUCAACACAAUCGAUUUUCUCUUUCUCACCAACAAAACAAGUAGUUGUUACCAUAGAAGAAAUUAUUUGUAGAACAAUUUCACGGCCAUGAGCAUGAUGAGGAAGUGAAUCAUGUGUGGACAUAAAAGAAAAAUGAUUCCACUCCUCCUAAUACUCUCGACAAUAUCUCUCGUCCACUCCAACACCGGAGUAGAUCCCCAAGAUUCAUCAACCCCCUCAAUAAACAUCGCAAAAUGUUGUGAAUUGAAUGAAAUUCUCGUGGACUCGAUUUGCACACCGAUCGAUAAAACUAACGAAUCGAGUCCUUGGAAGCCGGAAUUCGUUGACGAUCGAUUUCCCAAGAUAAUACGAAAGAAACCUGUCAACUAUCAGUUGAGAAUCGGUUCACCAGUCUGCAGCAAGGAUGAGACCCAGUGGCAAGUCUACUACGGAUCAGAAGACAAACUCGUUAUCCUGACCUCCGGUAAACUCCGCCACGUUACCCAUCACAACUGGGUGGACAGAAAUGUCCAGACAUUUGACGAAUACAUGCGGAGUUACGAGGAAGACGAAACAGCCGGUGAGCCUCUUCACCAGGACUAUGCAUUCGGUCACUAUUGCGCUGAGAAAGCAGUUCUUUCAGGCGAUAAAAAAGUUACCACUUAUGCAAUAAUUUGUGUGCCCAACGUUAAAUUUCCAUGGAGAGAAACAAAUUAUCUCGUGAGAAAUAUGAUUGACCCCAUCACCAGGGCAUCUGCCAUCGCCAGUUACCUAAUGGUUGCUAUUGUUUAUUUUGUCCUCCCACAACUGAGGGAUUUGGUGGGGAAUAUGAUCAGCAGUAUGAGCUUAUGCUUAAUUGUCAAUCAAAUUGCUGCCACUGUUGGAAUAUUUACGCAGCAUGCUAGUCAUAUCAGUUUUCUUGUUGCUGAUACUGUGGCCUACGUAUCCCUCCUUGCAGCUUUUUUCUGGCUCAACGCCCUCGGUUACUUCGUCUGGAACACAUUUCGCUCACGAAACGUAUUUCUCAGAGUAACAGACCGACGAAAAUACUGUUACUACUCGUUUUACGUGUGGGGAUCAACACUAACAAUAGCAGCGACAGCAUUAUUCGCCCAUUUUGCACUGGAAGAUCGGGGGACCCCAGUAGCCAACAUAGAGCACGCGAAUGAGCCACAGGAGACAGUUGGGGUGCUAGCACUAUCAGUUUUGUUCACCUCAGUGGCCUUCACCAUAAUCGUUGACCUGUGUUUCGUAUUAAACACAGCGAAUACGAUCAAAAGAAUGUGCACUUAUGGGAGAAUUCAUCAUAAGAUGAAAUACAGUUUCAGAUUGUUCACACUUAUGUACGUGGUUAUGAGCAUUGGUUGGCUCUCGGUUCUGAUGUCACAGAUCAGAUUCGAUGAGAUAUAUUAUGCUCACAUAUUUUUCAAUAUCGUUCAAGCCCUGUCGAUCUUGUAUAUCUGCGUUUUUGGACAAAAGAGGGUAACAUUUUUGCUGAGUAAAACGUGCAAUUGCUGCAGUAGCAGUCAUCACACACCGGAUGGACUCGACUGGGGGGAGGAAAUGACGGCUAUCAAUGCUGGAUAUUAAAUUUCGAAGUGAGUUAGACAUGGAGAGAACAAAAAUCUGGAAAGAGUCUUAUUUGAAUGUAAAAAUCGCACAUUGACAAUUAUCACGAGGAAACAUAUUUCAGCUGAAUGUGCAAUAUCUUUAACAUAAAUAACGAAAUAGUGUGCCUUUUUCGGUCGAGAAUGUUUUUCCUAUAAAAAAUAUUUGGGGUUAAUAUGUCUCUGAUAAAAUGACUCAAUAACAAUAGUCCGAGUUGGCCGGACAAUGGAGAACAUAUGUCAGAACAUUUGUGAAAUGACAUAUGACGAGAUACGUCACUAUAUACCGAUAUAUUUUGUAAUAUGGUUCAAGCACUGUCGAUCUUGUAUGGGUUUUUCCUUUAGUGAAAGAAAAAAAUGUUUUUAAGGAAGUCUUGUUUGAAUUGAAAAAAAUCCACAUUGUUAAUUAUGAAGAUGAUUCUCCUGGAGACUGAAUAUUGAACACUUUUUCAAUUAAACAGACUACACAUAAAAAUAUAAUAAUAAAAACGAAGCACAAGAUGUUUUACUGCUUAAAAUUUUCAACGUACGAUUUUGUUUCCUCAAAUAAGACUUAGGGAUGAUGUUAACAAAUUUGACGUAUGAUUUUGUCAUUGCACUUCUACGAUUGUGUGCAAUUUACGAUGAAUCUUCUUUCAUUGUGCCAUUUCUGCACAUAUUUUUUCCGAAAUUUUAUAUUUCCUUGUUCACAGCUGGAGGAUAUUGUGUAUUUUUUUAAUUCUCGAUGUUUAAGAGACUGUGGCCUUAGAGAAACGUGACUUAUUGGUAGAUUUUAAUACAUUUAUGUACUCCACGUAUGAGUCACGAGCUAAAGACGAGCGAAUUAUUUUUUAAUAUUGUAUUUAUACGUUUAAGAGAUUUUAAUAGAUAGCACAAUUUUUGUACCAGAGCAAUAAACUCUAAAUGACUACAUAAAAUGUAAACAAAGUUUUUCAU